AAAAAGUCCAGGAAGUUUGUAGUAAAUCAUUAUAGUUCCAAACUUGAAGGAUGGAUCCCGCCUCUUUCCUGAAGAUAAUCACGAACAGCACUUUUAUGGUUACUCAACUGUUCGGCCGCGACCCAGUACAGUUCGAUGAGUUGCAGUACAACAUCACAGUGAGUGAAGACGCUCCACUCGGGCCAUUACUCACGCUCACCGCCAUCACCUACCCUGAGGGCGAGUCGGUGCACUACAGUCUGGUCGAGAGCUCGCACCGCCCCUCGUCCAAGUGGUUCAAGAUCAACCCUUCGUCUGGCGUCCUGCUGCUCGUACAGCCGCUCGACUACGAGCAGAAUAAACGGGUGAGUCGGAGGCAUGAUGUGUCGGCACUCAGCCUCCCUACUACACAGCCCACUCAGCCUCCCUACUACACACGGGUGAGUCGGAGGGAUGAUGUGUCGGGUGAGUCUGGAGGGUGA